AUGAGGGUUGCAGAGAAAGGGCCGGGGAUGGCCACUCUUACAUUCACAAGCGUCAUAGUUUGUGCUGUUUUACUGGGACAGGGAUCCCCUGAGAAGACAGGCGGUGGUAAAGAGGACCAGAGGGACGCCAUUCUUAAGGACAUCAUUUCAAAAUGGAGCACAGGAAGUGGCUGGAAUCCUCAGAAAGCUGCUCCAGACACAAACAAGGACCAGUCAGUGCACCCCUGGGUGAAGAAUAUCAUGGGGAGCCUGAAAACACUUGGUCUGCUUCCCAGCAAGAGCCUGCCUUCGUUGAACAAGCCAAUUGACAGGCACCGUCUCUCUGGCUUCCUCUACAACAUCUCCAUGUACCUCCAAGAGAUGGGCGCUGAGCUGGAGGAGGCGCCGGCAGAGCAGGACGAGGAGCAGCUGUGGGAGAAGGUGCUGCAUUACUUCCUGCAGUCUGAAGGGAGUGCUGCACUGAACCAGUGGAACGGCCGGGUGCCACCCCGACCCAGUGUCAGAGUGCAGGACUGGUUUUUGUCCCUGAGGGGCAGCCCUCACUGGGACUGGCUCCUGGGGCUGCUGCAGAGUCUGAUCAGUUUGUCAGAGCGUCAGCCCCACAAGCCCCUCUUGACUUUCUUGUCUCAGAACUGGAGGACAGUGAGCGCUGUGUUCGAAGCUGCCCUUCAGGCUCUGCUCAGCGGGACCUAUGGCCAGGCCAGCGCCGGCCUGCAGGGCUUCAUCUGUGCUCUGAAGGGUCGUAGUGACUGCGCCUUCAGUGUGAGCUGGCUCCAGCAGCUGCUGCGUUUUCUAGAAACACGCAACUGGAAGCCCGUGGUCAGUUUACACCCAGCAGGGGAAGGUGCUGAACACAGUCGGAGCUCAAAUGCCUUUGGACGUUUCAAGCCCUUCAGCAUGCCUCCUGAGGCCACAAGGCAGGAUGGGUUGUCUAGAAAUGCAUCUGUGGAUGACGGGAUGGCCACAGAGGACGAUCCAGACUCCAUGCAGAGUUUCCUGCUGCAGGCGUUGUCACGUUCAGGUGGAGGAGAGCGAGGAGGCCACAUGGCACAGAAAAAUCUCGCUCUGGUGCAGAGCUUGGAUGGGCUGAGGAGGGGCCUUUUGCACAGAGUGGGUAAUUCUGUCUACGGAAACCUGAGGAGGAAAGUGUCACGGGUUACGAUGGCGCUACUUGAUGAUGUCAGCGGGCUGGUUGAUGUGCCACAGCCCAACACCCGGGGCCGGUGCUCAGUUGGUGACCUCAGACAGCUGAUCUUAUGGGGGAUAAGACAUAAUGUGACAUGGAACACUCAGGCUUUGGGCGUUGACUCCCAGGGUCUCCCAAGCUCAUUCCCAUUCCUGUCCUGUCCCUCCACUGAAGCAGAUGAAGUAAGAUCACGACUGGCUGAGUCAUCUCCACAAACAGGCCCCUCUUCACGGAAAAUCAACAAACAAAAACGGCUUCACGACCCUUCACAAACAGGGAGAUUGAGAGAAAGCACCAACUCGCAGAGAGAGAUGGAGUACUCCACCUCUAUAGAAAUUCUGGAGGCAGCAUGUAAUGACUCCAUCCCAGGCUUGACAGGCGUCUCCAACUUCACCGUGUUCCUCUACUGUAAACUGUUCGAAGGGGAGAAUGGGUCAGUUGAUCCUGAGGAGGCCCAGAUGGGGCUCGACCUGCAUGCUACGUGCUCUGAUGCAGCGUGGUACCUUUCUGCAGCUGAGGAGGACUUCCUGUGGGUUCAUGUCUGCAGUGAGUACUUCACCCAUGAGUUCAACAACACGGUGUGUGCCAACUCCUCCUUCUGGCUGCAGAGAGCACAUCAGGCUGCAGUUGCAAAGGACUACCAUUUUUUUAACCAGACGAGCAUAGAUGACCUGUGUGUGCAGCUGACAGGUGAGGCAACAGAAAGUCCGGUCCUCAGUGAGAACUGUCUGGCCCAGCUGGGCAGCAGGUCGCUCAGUGCCCAGGCUUUCAGACACUGCUUCCUGCCCAACAACUCCGUCCUGAUCUCAGGUCUGUGUGGGCGAGAGUCCUCUGACUCGCACCAGUCCAUGUCAGAGGGCAGCUGGGCCGCAUCGUACUGCUCUAAAAUACACAACUUCUCCCAUGUUGACCCCGCUGAGGAGACUUGUCAGUACAGGGUAUGGGCUCUGCAUCACUUCACCAACUCCACCCUCCUGGAGCUGUGUGGGCAGACCCACGGACUGGGAGAGUACAUUUGUCUGAACGCCACAUUCUACAAUCAGCUGUUAAGAUCAAUGCCUCAGUUGGCUGAUUUCUGUGCUGAUCUACAAGCAGAACUGGAUGCCAGGAAGUGCUUCCUGCAGAGGUUUUUUGACAUGCUCCCAGCACGGUAUGAGUUUGACACAUCGCAGCUGUGUGUGGACCCGGCUCCCCUGCUGAUGGAGGCUCUGCACAAGCUGAGUGUGUGCGAGGUCGAGGGAGGGGAGCGUGAAGGAUUUUUAGUGAUGCUGGGAUACGUGUUGCGAGUAAUGGACUUCAUGGUAGGCCUCUCCUCGGGUCUGGAUGAGGGGGAAACAGAGGCGAGGCAAGGUUUGUCUCAGGCCAUCCUCCUCUCCAGCCUCCUUGACAACUCCUCCUGGGCCGCACUGCAGCCAGAAGCCUCCACCAGCGUCCUGCACACUGUGGGAGUCUUCCUCCGCAGAGAGCAGAACGCCUCUCUCAAAGAGGACCUUCUGAGCUGUUUCAGUCCCGUCCUGUGGGACCUCAUCCAGCGGGAUGACAACUCAUCUGCUCUGAGGUUUCUGCUGCAGGAGUACCUCCAGAUGCCGAAAGACAGCAUUCGCACUCUGGUGAUGUCUGCUGAAAAAGAUGCUGUGAAGAGGUUUCUCUCCCAUAUGCAUCAAAGCUGGGACCAGCUACAAGUUGAAACCGACCAGCCGUCUCAAAAAGAGUUGCAGGCCAUGGAAACAAUGACUGCCGCCUUCAUCCAUAAAUUCCCCCGAGUGACGCCAGAACUGUUCGUGGACCUGUCUCAGUUCAUUCCUUUCAUGUCUGUCUCUGAUAUCAUGAGCUUUCCAGCCUCCCUGAUAGUCAACGACAGUGUGCUGACAGCCAUUCGUGACCACAGCUCAGGGAUGAAGUCGCUCCAGAAAAAGGCCUUUGUAAAAAGACUCCUGCAGUCCAGUGUGGUGGGCGACGUCCCUACAUGGCCGCCGUACUUCCUCAGCUCCAUCCUACCACUUCUGCCGUACCUCCCAGUCAGUCAUUUUCAGCAACUGACGUCACAACAGCUCUCUCCUCUGGUAGAGUUGCUAGGCAACGGCAGUGUAGAUGGUGUAAGGGGGCGCCAUGUGCUGCGGACCCUCUUCAGCAAGAAGAAGAAUCUGACGAAUGAUAAUAUACUGAGGUUAGGAAUCCUUGCAUGUUACCUGGAUCCGGUGGAUCUGGGCCCAUUUCUUCAGGACUCUGCUGGGUCCUCAGCCCUCUGGCAGCAGCUGGCUCACUGCAUGUCCAAGGGCUUCAUCAGCACCAGCGGCAGGUUGUCCUCCUGGUUGCUACCAGCUGUUGAGACGCUGAACGUCAGCAGCAUGGCUCCCCCCGAGCUGUCUGCACUCAGCGGCCUGCUGCCUCAGUUAGGAGCUUCCUUCCUGCUGUCGCUCCCCUUAAAGCAGCUCCUGGAAAUCCUUUCAAAACCAGGAUUACACAGAUAUACGCCAGCACAGGCUUUUCAAAUCUUAUCCAACAUUUCAAAGGAUACCAACCUUACUGUGGAAAAACUGUGCAGACUGAAGCCUUUACUUUCUGGUCUGUCCCCUGCUGUGCUCAAAGACCUCCAGUGGCCUGAGAUCAGGGGAGCUGCCCACUGCCAGUGCUGGAGAACGCUGCUAACUGAGCUUAAGCCCGGCCAUAGAGCCCUGCUAUACGAUGCAAUGCAGGAGGCCCUGCGAGGAGAAUUGCAGAACAUCACUCAGCAGGUAAACUGCCUAUUACCUUUUGUCCCUCUGAGGAAGCUGACAGAAACCUUAAACGGAGAAACAAUCCUGAGAGACGUCAGCCUAUACAGAGACGUACGCUGGUCGCCACAGCAGGCUCAGCUUUUGUUUAGAAAGAUCUACGAAUUUAAAAACAUCACCAGAAAGAUGGUGAGGGGCUUGGGUCACAUUGCCGGCGGAAUGAGUUGUGACUUUUUGAGGCUUUGGAGCAACGACACAGAUUUUUCAGAGCUGCUUCAGGUUGUUAGUGAGCUGCCUGGAGGCAUCAGACCUGCUCUGCGAAAAUGUUUCGUAGACGAACUGAGGAAACAACCUGAGCUCGACCUCAGCGCUUUGAGCUCUGAGUUUGCUGCAACUUUACCUGUGACGAUGACAGAGGACCUCUCUAACACAUCCUUCAGAGCCAUUCUGGACCACAUCCAGGCACACUUUGCUGACUUCCUCAGGCUGCCAUAUUACAAGCAGACAAAUUUAGCUGAGAAAGCCGUAACUGAGCUGGGCUCUUCUCAGGCUGAGGGAGAGAUUGAUGGCACCACUCUCGAUGUCCUGGGGCCUUUACUGCCUUUCUUAGACCGGGACAGUUUGGCUCUGGUGGACAGAGGAGCUCUGGCUCUGCGACUGGAGGAGAUGAGAAGUUUCUGCCUUCCUAAAGAAGCUCUGAGAGACAUUAGUACCUUGCUCACCCAGAAAGACCUGCUUGGGGAACCGUCCAAAUGGCAGGUUGGGGAUGUUGAACAUUUGGGCAGGUUGGUGUUUUCGCUCUCAACAAAGCAGAUUAACUCCAUCCCACUGACAGUGCUGAAUAAAGACACAGUGGAGCAGGUCCUGGUAGGUCAAAGUCGCUGGGCGGACAGUGCGGUGGGCGCCGUCUGUGUUACUCAAUGUAUGGACCAUAAUCGUCAGAGACGGCAGACUCAGAGUCUAAUUCGAGGGAUUGUCAAAGCACGCAGCAGGAGGGCGAAAGUGCCGGUUCCGAGCUGUGCAGACAUCAGAGGGACAUUUCCUUCAGCGUGGACAUCCACUCAACUCAGCCGCAUGUCCCAGGAGGAUCUGAAGCAGUGUGUAGAAGUGUUUGCUCAGGACGCUUCAAUGAGCUCUGAGCAGCGCCGAACACUGUGGGGGAAACUCAGGCAGUCCUUCAGUCCGGUGAGAGAGCUGAGAGCAGAUCAGGUGCUGGCUCUGGGCCCAGUGGUGACUGAGAUGGGAGAGAGAGAGCUGCAGGAUGCCAAUCUCACUGAUCCGGGUGUGUUGGUGCAUCUGGGGACCCUGACAGACUGGAGCCCUAAAAAGAUGAGAGCAGUGAUUUUAGGUAUGAUGCGGAAGCGCAAACUGAAAGUGGAGCAGUUAUCGGCUGUAGAUCUGGCAACAUGUGGCCAUCUGAUGUGUGGUCUUUACCCCUCAGAGAUCAAAAGACUGAGCCCCUACAACCUCAGUUUGGCUGUCCUGUUCCUGCGGGAGACGUCCCUGCCGUGCACAGAGCAGCAGAUGGAGGCGUUGACAAGCCGUUUGUCCAGACCUGAGGCCUUUGGUCCAGUCAGUGCUUGGGGACCAGAAGUUUUCACUGAAAUUGGGACAUUGGCAGUGGGCCUGGAGGACUUGGUGCUGUCAGCUCUGGUGCAGGAACAAGUCGAGGGGAUCACCCCUGAAGCUAUUGCCCUGAUGUCACCAAGAAAGAUGGCAGUGGUGUUCAGUGCGGUUCAGAUGUCGUGGCUGAGUGCGGAGCAGGCGUGGGCUGUCACAGAGGAGCAGUGGGCGGAGCUGGAUGCAGAGCAGAAGCACGCUGUGGGACUGGCUCGGUACGAGGGAGACGUCUUGCUGGAGCUGAGAGGGAGGAACUGUGCUCCAGCAGCAGACAGCCUCGCUGCACGCUCCCUGGCCCUGUGCCUCUUGUUAUGGCAACUCAUUUAACAUUCUGCACUGGAUGUGAUUGUCCCUUGACCUCUCUUGGUAUGAACA